AUGGUCCGCCACAAGAAAGACAACUUCUCACGAGGAGGCAAGAAAUCCAACAACCCCCGCCCUCGGCCAGGACCCCGCGAUGAUGGAGAAGGUGCAGGCUCGUCGCGGCCUGCGUAUAAAGCCGCAUGCUGGGACAUGGGACACUGUGACCCUAAGCGCUGCUCUGGAAAGCGAUUGAUGAAACUGGGCUUAAUGCGGGAUCUUCAUGUUGGCCAGCGACACCCUGGUGUGAUCGUUUCUCCAAAUGCCAAGCGAAUCGUCUCCCCGGCCGACAAGGAUACCAUGGAACAAUUCGGUGUGGCUGUAGUGGAAUGCUCUUGGGUGCGAGUUCAAGAAGUGCCCUGGUCACGGAUCGGCGGAAAAUGUGAACGACUUCUUCCGUACCUCAUCGCCGCUAAUACUGUCAACUACGGAAAACCAUGGAGGUUGAACUGUGUCGAAGCGCUCGCCGCUUGCUUUGCAAUCUGCGGCCGUUUGGAGUGGGCGGAAGACAUCCUCAGACAUUUUAGCUAUGGAGCUGCAUUCUUGGAUAUUAACAAGGAGCUCCUGGCACGCUAUGCUGCAUGUGCCACCGAAGAAGAAGUCAAGAAAGCCGAAACGGACUGGCUUGCCAAAAUCGAGCAAGAGUACGAAGACAACCGCCUCGAGGGAGGCGAUGAUAUUUGGACAACUGGAAAUACCAACCGCAUGCCUGCACGGGGGUCAGAUGACGAAAGUGGAGACGAGGACGACGAAGAGGACAGCGACGAAGAGGAAGAAGAGGACAAAGAUCCCUUUGCGAUUUCUGACGACUCAGAGGACGAGGCCCAGAUGGCCGAGAUUCGGCAAAAGAUCCUGAACUCGAAAUCUUUCCAAAACCCCGAAGAAGAGGAGAAGCAACAGCCGGAAAAGAUCUCUCGACCGGAACAGGUGUACGUUGACUCGGAUGCUGAGUCUGGCUCGGCAGGAAGUGAGGAUGAGGCUUUCGACAAUAUCAUCAAUGCAACCACUGUCACUGAUCGUACUGGGAUCAAGGCAAUCCAACAACGGCGAGCAAAGGAGACUGUGACUGGUUCAUUCUCUAGGGCUGAGAUCUCCGCCCCGAAAAGAUGGUGA